UGCUUUGCCUUGUCUACUACGUCAAACCUGUCUUAAAUAAUACUCCAUAUAUUAUACAAAGAGAGAACUCGGUAAUGGAGAUCACUAUAACACCAAUUAUCUGCAUAGUUUUUGAAUUUUGAACCGUUUUGACACUGUUGUAAUUAUACCCAUGUUUUGUAUUUCUUCAAGUUGUCUACUACAGGUAAAAUUUCAGGCUAUUACUUAUCUAUACUCUUCAAAGUCAAGGGUGCCACGACCAGAAUGAGAAAGUUGGCUCCUUUAACGCGUAGGCUCCUAUUUUUCGCGUUGUUUCUGGUGGUGGAAUCAGGUGAUCAGAUCAAUGAAUUCUAUCCAAAUGAAAGAGAUGCCUUAUUGCAGCUUAGAGAUAGUGUAAAAUCAAGUGUGUUUGAUUUGCAUUCACAUUGGACAGGUCCUCCUUGUUACAAGAACCUGAGUAAUUGGGCUGGAAUUCUUUGUUCUGAUGGACAUGUCAUUCACUUAGUUUUAGAAGAAAUUCAGCUAACUGGUUCUCUUCCACCAACAUUCUUGGAACAAAUAACUUUCUUGAAAAAACUCAGCUUUAGAAACAAUUUCUUGUAUGGUUCUCUACCUAAUCUCACAGGUCUAGUUUAUCUAGAAUUUGUGUUACUUUCAGAUAAUCGAUUUUCGGGUUCGAUUCCAGAAGGGUACAUUGAGUUGCAAAAUUUGACAGAAUUAGAGCUCCAGGGAAAUGAUAUUGAAGGUUCAAUUCCACCAUUUGAUCAGCAGAGUUUGAUUGUUUUCAAUGUGUCUUCUAAUAAACUUGAAGGACCUAUACCUGAAACUUCUGUUUUACAAAGAUUUCCAAGGAGUUGUUAUGGAAAUAACUCAAAUUUGUGUGGUGGAAUUAUAGGAAUACCUUGUCCAAUACCACCUUUUAGUCCACCAAAAUCACCAAUUCCUUAUAUAUCUCCACCCUCACCAGGUGAAAAGAAGAAGAAUGGUCUUAAAGUUUGGAGUAUUGCUUUGAUAGCAGCAGCAGCAGCACUUGUCCCUCUAUCAAUAAUGUUCAUUUUACUUGGUUACUUUAGAAGAUCUAAGAGAAAAGAAACACAAGGAGAACACAAGGAAGGAAAUAUUUCAAAUGAGAAUGUGAAAAAGAGAAGGUAUUGGUCAGAGAGCACAGAAGAUCCAGAAAGAACAUUGGAAUUAGAAUUCUUUGACAAGGAUACAUCAGUGUUUGACAUGGAUGAUUUACUAAGGGCAUCAGCUGAAGUGUUAGGAAAAGGAAAGCUAAGCACAACAUAUAAAGCAAUACUGGAAUCUGGUGUUGUUGUUGCUGUUAAGAGACUCAAAGAAAUGAAUUCAUUGAGCAAAAAGGAAUUUAUCCAGCAGAUGCAGUUGCUUGGUAAACUGAGACAUGAAAACCUUGUGGAGAUGAUUUCAUUCUACUACUCAAAGGAAGAGAAGCUCAUUGUUUAUGAAUAUGUUCCCUAUGGUGACUUGUUCGAGCUAUUACAUGAAAACAGAGGAAUUGGGAGACAACCACUAAAUUGGACAGCAAGAAUAUCAAUCAUAAAGGAUGUUGCAAAGGCUCUGAAUUUCUUGCACCAGUCAUUACCAUCACAUAAGGUGCCACAUGGAAACAUCAGAUCAAAAAAUGUUCUAAUCCAACAAGACCCCAACAACAAGAAUUACCAUUCCAAGCUAACAGAUUAUGGAUUCUUGCCUUUGCUACAAUCUAAAGAAUCCUCAAAAAAAUUAGCAGUGGGAAAAUCUCCAGAGUUCUGUCAAGGGAAAAAGCUAACAAGAAAAGCUGAUAUCUAUUGCUUUGGUAUUCUACUCUUAGAAGUAAUCACUGGAAAAAUACCAGGUGAAUUAUUCUCACCAGAAAAUGGGGUUACAAGUAUUGCUGAUGAUGAUCUUUCUGAGUGGGUUAGAACAGUGGUAAAUAAUGAUUGGUCAACUGAUAUUUUGGAUAUGGAAAUAUUAGCACAAAAGGAAGGGUAUAAUGAAAUGUUGAAACUUACUGAAUUGGCUCUAGAGUGUACAGAUGAGGUACCAGAAAAGAGGCCAAAAAUGAGUCAAGUGUUUAGAAGAAUAGAAGAGAUUGAGGUUGAACAAAAGAGAUCAGUUAAUGAUGUUGAAGAUGAUUCAGUUUCUUAGUUGAAGUUUCCUUUCUAAACUGUAAUCAAGAAAGUUAGAAAUUUAGCUUUAAAGCAGAGUUAAUUUAAUUAGUUUUAUGAUA